GUUAUGAGGUCUUCGGUCGGUGCAUGAUACAUGCCGAAUUUUAUGACAAGGGUUAAUGAACUGCAUUUUCCUCCUUUGUAGUUGUUCGUAAAUAUUAAAGGAGGACGCUCCUGUACUUUAGGUACAGGUUAGUUUAAACCAGUGAUGGGUUGUUGCGGAAAAAACAGCGACGAUGGUGGAAGAAGCGAUAAUAUGGAGAUGGAUGGAGCAAAAGGAGGGAAAAAUGGUGGUGGAAAGUGGGGUAAGCUGUUUGUUCAUGCUUGUGAUUUGAAGGUUCAUAAGUAGCAUGGAGAAAUCUGUGUGAAUCUGUUUUAGGGGCUUCGGUCUUAUUUACAUAUUUCAACUUAGGUCUGCAAAAGUUCUUUCACCGCUAUUUUUCGACGAAAAAUAUACUUAAGCUCAGAUCAUGGAAACCUUUUGUACGUUAAGCAAAUAAAAGUGAAAAAUGCUGUGACGCUUUGCUUCUUAACUUAAUUUUUUACCCACGAAAUAUUCUGUAAAGCGCCUGUGUUUCCCUCUUUGCGUCAUCUUGUUUGUGUUACGCCUUGUUUGUUUGCAGUGAAUGAGUGAAUCGCACUAGCCUUGGUGCAAGCCCUCUAGAAAACUUCCUUGUUAGCAGUAUUUGUUGAUAAGAUAACUUUCACUUACGCCAUAUUGGUGAGUGGGAGCAAACAACCCAUCGAAAAGACGCGUUUAAUAUCGUGAUUUAUGUAGCGAUUCCUGUUUUGAGAGCGAUUUUAAGUGAAGGUAAAAUAUCAGCAAUGUGCAAAUUUACAAACAUUUUGUGUAAAAAGAUAUGAUUAGAGUUUUGAUUUAAAUGUAUGACAACUUUUUUACAUGUAGCAUGUCUAGUAACGUAACUGUCUUGUUUGCAUCUGUUGUAGGAAAACCUAAACCAUUCGAUCCUACAUUUAAUGGUCCAAUAAAAAACAGGUAAAGUGCUUGGUUAAUAUAAAAAUGAUUUUCUGUAAAAACUGAGUCGUUACAUCACUUAUUUAUUUGUAUUUAAUAUUAGUCUAAUUGUUGUUAUAAUUAGUCUUAUUUUAUUUAGUAUUAGCCAGGCUACUUAGGGAAAACUAAGAAAGGUAUUUCUACAGUGUCAAUAGCAUCCUGACAAUAGAGAUCUCACAAUACACCAAUAGAGACCUCACAAUACACCAUUUCUGGUGUUACACUUAACCAUAGCUGUAGUUAUGGGUAGACUGCUUCUUAGGCUGGUUUAGCCUGCGUAGCAGGCACUUGGUAGUAAUGGGGGUAAGAAAGACCGGGAUGCGUGAGGAAGACACGCAAGGGGAGAGGGAGUGUCUGCCCGAGAGGCUCAUGAAAGUCAUUUUUACGUGCUUUCUGAGAAUGCGGAAGGUUCCUAUUGGUUAAGAGGCUCCCAAGAGGAUAAGUGUUCACAUUAGGUGAGAAUACUGUCAAUCAAAGAAAACACGAGAUUGCUUGUACACAUGUAGUACAUGGACGGAUAAGGCAGUGAAGGUCCCGGGGGCACUUGGGUAUUUUUUGGGUGGGUAUGUGCCGCCCGGGACUCCAAAUUGGCACCCCGUUCCAAAAAAAAUUUCCCCUAAAAUUGAUACCCCGUCCUAGAAUUCGCCCUAAAACUGAUACCCUGUUCUAGAAAUGGGCCAAUUUUUUAUACUCCGUUCUAGGGUGCAAAAGAGUACAACAGUUUGCUUGUUAACGCAUUGAACAGUAUUUUUAAAAGCAAUCUGUCCUUGAAUAAUUUCAAAUGGCUGCUUACAAAACUGGAGCUUUCGUGCAUUCGAAAUAUUAUACCCCGCUCUAGAAAACGCCUCUGAAGGUCUUUUAUUUCUCCACUAAAUGGUAUAAUCAAAGUUCAGUUCUUGGAGGUCACUUCAUUGGGACUAUGUGGCUGUAAUCUAAAAGAAUGUUCAAAUGGUACUCACAAAGGAACGAUUUGACAUCAAAUACGCAUUAGCAGAAGUGGUGACAGACAAAAGAUGUUUUGAAUCGUUGAAGUGAAGAUCAGAGGAAAGAUUAAUUAUAUGAAGGAAGAUCAUCACAGUUAUAUAUGCAAAUUUGCAGGAGUUAUACCAGUGCAACGCUCUACCAAUAAUGAUUGUUCAAUUCUUUGUUCAUUAAAGAAAUUGGCAGCUUGCAUUGUUGAUGGAACACAUACCGUCAAGACCUGGACAGGAUUGAUGAAAUGAAACACUUUCCACCGGGGGGAAUGAAUUUGAAAAACCUUUCGCUAUUGUUAUUAUUUGCUCGGAAGCAUCCUGAUGUCUGAUGAUAAUGUCUCGUUAUUGCAGCCUAUAAAAACGUGUCGGUACAGUUUGUGUUCUAAAGUUUAGGUCCGCGUAGUAAGACAUGUCUGCUCCAAAAACAGUAAAAACAAUGGUCAUUUUCCAUGUCAUUGUGAUCUUUAAUGUCUGUACAGUUGUGAUUUUGUAAUCUCAGAGAACAAUAUUUAGCUUUUUAUAAACACAGCAUGCAUUGUUUAAAAAACAUCCAUUUUGACUCUGUUUUUUCGUAUUUAUUGUGCCUUUGGUCAACAAUGAUUUAAUGCUUUGUGUUUAUUGUUAGUUUAUUGCUCCAUUGCUCUAUAAUCAGAUAACCUAGCUGAUCUUUGUAACAGAUUUAUUUAGACUGAGGAUAUAAAUGUUCAAUGCUUUGGUACACUUUGCUAGUGUGAGGCUCUAACAUCUAGCCUAGUAGUAGAACAACCAAUCAGAGUGCAGCAUUGAUAGUAGACCACUAGUUGGGUUUUACCAAUGUAUAAUAUACUCCCGCAAACAAUGUAGUCUUCAGCAAUCAGCUUUGCAGAUAUAUUUUGGAGGGAGCAUGGCCAAGCAGUCAGAGCACUGUUCUCGGUAGUUCUGAGUUCAAAUCCUCGGCCACACUUGUAAAAUAGUCGACUGGUUCUCCUCCUACCAGUUGGGAUUUUUAACCAUGUUAUGUUCCAUUUAAAUUAUUUGUUUCCUUAUCCCUGAAAAGUCCCAUAAGGGGAUCGGAGAGGAUAAUAUUGCACUUUUUAAAAUUAUUUUUUGCUUUCAUUAUAUUUAAAUUUCUGAGGUGUGUGAUAGCUCUUACACUCUUUCCUUUUCUCACCCUUUACCUGUGAGUCAAAAGUUUGCUCACUGGGUUAACAUAUGUUUAAACUCAUUGCUAAUGAUGAGCUUGGGAGCAGGUGCCUUAAAGGGUUAGUGGGGGGGUCAAAUGCAACAAGCAGAGAGGAGGUAUCCAUGGCAACCCUGGAAGCGGGAACCACCCCAAGAGCGGCCAGUAACUGGCACCAUCGCACUAAAUAAAUUCAGUGGUGAUACUUACCUGAGAAAAUACUUAUGAAACCACCAGGCAGGCAGGGAGGAGAGAGAGCAAGAAUCCGCAAUGAUUUGCAAGAAGGCAAAAAUUGAUGCGCUACGAUCAGCAAGUAAAGCUGCAGUGCAAUGCAACACUAGCAAAAUAACACACAAGGAGCCUUGCAAUUCUCUGAGGGCUGCCCUGUAGGUCAUGUACUGGAGUGGGCUAAGACCGCUGGCCAACUCACUCAAGUUUAACUUUGCCUAAAUGAUAUUUAGCCACAUUAAUUUUAUACUCUGCAUAUUUUUUUAGGAGUUGCACAGACAUUAUCUGUUGUAUUCUCUUCGUCCUAUACAUUGUUGGGAUGGUAGCCCUGGGCAUAUUUGGUAAGUCAUUCCUACACUCCUUUACUUUUUUUGUCCUUUUCCAGCUAGCUGCAGGCUGGUGAUGUUUUUUCUUUCACUCAUGUCCGUUCAGGGGCACCCAGUGACUGUUUUCUUUAAAAUAUCUGUUUGAAGGAGCACAUGUUACCUUGAAUUUUCUAUAAGAUAAGAAAGACAAAAAAUUUCUGUAUAAUUGAUCCAUUCAUCUAAGCCAUUCAGAGUUUUUCUUCUAACUUUCCUCCAAUUUUCGAAAGUCAAUUUUUCUCAUUUACUCCCAAGAUUUGGCAAUCAUUGGAAAAAAAGGUCACCUGAAAAUAAUUUCGGUAUAAAAAAAAUGUCCCCGGAUGUGUUGUAAUGAAAGUACAUGGUUACUCCAUGUCCUCACAAUUUCGAGAUGGCCAAAGCACCCCUAGAACAUUUAAACAGAUAGAUAGCAUUUAGGGCAGCUACAAAUUAAUAAAACAUAUUUCUAAAGUAUAGAGAAAUCCAUUAUUAGACAUUUCUGACUUGUUCAUAAAGAUUCGUUUGUGGGGUGCCCCUGUCCCUUUUAUACCAAGUAAUAAUCCAAAUAUAAUUUAUUUUACAUCAUUCAGCUAUCUUUGUUUUCUACAGCUUACAUUAAAGGCAAUCCUUACAAGUUGCUUAAUUCAGUUGAUUCUGAUGGUAAGUACAUGUAACUAGUUUGUUAUUGAUAAGCUCAUACACUUGCAAAAUAAUGGGCUAGAUCAACAUAAUGGUGAUAUUAUUUUGUUUCAUAUGAGGCUAAAUGAAUUUAGGCCAGGGGUCAAUUUAAUAAAACUUUACAAGACUUAGUGUAAUUUACAAGUGCAGCUAUUGUUUUCAGACUCUAAAACAAGGCUGCACUUCUCUCGCUUGGGCGGGAAGAUGAGAGACCCUGGGAACGAGGUUGCUAAACCCCAAUCACAAAACUGGGUGCCAAACACUACCCCUAACCUUACAAGAAAGCUAACCAUUUGAAAUAAAGGCUUUACCCUAAUCACUGAAAUGAGCGCUCAACCGUAAUCACUGAAACUGUGCUUUGGCCAUAACCUUACAAGAAAGCUAACCAUUUGAAAUAAAUGCUUUUAAACCCUAAUCACUAAAAUGAGCGCUUACUAAAAUGUGACUUCAUUUUACACCGUAUUUACAAGGAGAGGUACAAAUAACUGAGAAAGAGUUAAGUAUUAAAAAUUUCUAACUAGUUUGAAAAAUUCAAACUGGUUUAAAAAAAUUCAAACCAAAGAUUAAAUUUGAACCACAACAUAGCCCAGUGGCAAUUGUCUCAGCUGAACAGAUGUCGAACCCCGUUGAGGUCAGCUCUGGUUGCUUAUGCUUGUAAAGUGUUUCUUGAUGAAGUUUAAUAUUUGAAUAAUGCUAUAUUCUGGUCAGAUGAAUGUGUACAUGUAGAUCAUUCAUUUACAUGUCUGGGGGAUGUUUGUAAACAGUGAGUACUGUAAUAGUAAAAAUGUCAUUUUUAAUAGUCAAACCUGUCCUUACGGGCCUUUUCAUAAUAAGGAGACCUCUUUGUCAUGGACUCUUGCAGUUCUUUUGGCCCCAAAGACAUACAGGCGAACAGCUCUUUUCCCUGUCCUUUUCAGGGUUGGUGUCCAUACUAAGGGAGCUUGAAUGUAUUGAUUAUUAACCUAUUCAUAUUACAACCACCCUAGUGCAGAUCCAUGUCUCUUGUGCAUGCCACUUGUGACAACAUCAGUCUUAAUGGUCACAACGUUGACAUUCAACUUGAGUAGGGGGAAGAGAUCUUUUAAACCAUAUACCAGAAUGAGCAUGAUUCAGUCAAAUGAAGAAAAAAUUUAAGGCAAAAACCAUUUAAAAUUGACCUUAAUAUUUUUAGGAAAAACUUGUUCCUCUACCCACCUGCACUUCCUUCAUGUACUCUAACAGUCUCACGGAAAUGAAGACUCAUUAACGUUCAGCAAAAAGAUUAAAGAAAGAAGGGGCAGCAAAUAGAAAAAGAAGCGGGGAAUAGAGAAAGAAAAGUAGAAAGUCAAGAGGCAGUGCUAUAAUUUAAAACCCAAAAACUAUCUCAAAAUUUUUGCCUUUUGCACAUGUCAAAACUUCAGAAGCUGACAUCUAGCAUCAGGAUAUUACAAGAUUCAGUGCUUAACAACAGCAGCAUUUUGUGCAGUUUUGCUUCUUUUUGGUUAGACAGUGGCCAGAAACAGCUUGACUGGCUGUGAAAGGUGUUUUUCUUAAGAAUUUUCAGGAGUGGGCUUUAUGUACUGUAAAUGAUCCUUAAGCUUCUAUGUUUUAUUCCAGGGUCCUGGGGUUAAAUUUUAAUGCUGGUUUCUUUUUCGUUUGUUCAAAUGCAUUUUUUUUUGGAUAAUUUUUUUUAUUCUUUUUAGAGCAUGGAAUCAUUGAAUUGUAGACAACAUGAAUUAAACUGAAUUUGCCUUUAAAAGGUUUCAUAUAUAAAUUCAAUCUUUGCACUAACCCUGGGUUAACCCAGCUUUGAACCACCUGGCCCAGUGCUGCAAGGUGCAAUGUGACAAUCUGCUUUGUAUGGGUACAUGUAUGUAACUGCUACACGUUCAUAUUCUGAGUGACCAACCAUGCAGGAAUGUGAUGUCAUGUGAAAAUUGUCAAUGAUAUUGAAAUAUAUCCUCUUGUUUGCUCUAGGGAAUAUAUGUGGUUAUGAUUCAAAUGUCAGGUAUGUCUUUACUUGUUUGAAUUUAAAAAUGAAUGGGUGUUUAAGUAAAUUGUAUUUAUGAAACAAAAGAUGUGAAUUCCAACAAAAUUUAAGGAAAAUAUAUUGGUAUCUCUAUUAUAAAAGUAUGUUCACAGCUGUGCUGAUAUUUUUUUCAAGUACAAUGUGGAAGCAAAAGUCAGUUUUGCAGGAUGUACAGCAUUUAUAGAAGUGUUAAAAAUUAAAUUGAUAAUAAUAUUUUUUUAAAUAAAAUACAUGUAAGCUGCUUUGCUGUUUUUAUUUCAUGCUGAUGCAGAUCACUGUGAAGUGAACAUAUGUGUAUGUGGCAUUUUCCCUUGGUAGCCGGUCAUUUUGAUAAAAAGUUAAUUCAAUACAAGUCAUCUUUAUACGAAGUCAAGCAGUGAAAAUAUUGCACAAAGAUGUCAAUCACUUCAAGUAUAGUACUGUUUGUGUGUGAACAAGAAAAACGUUUUGGGUGAAUUUUUUUUCGUUCUUUAAGCCAGCUACAUGAAACUAUUAACUGCAACUCGACUAAAUAAACUAGUAACCAUUCCCUUUGCUUUUUAAAAAUGUAUCCCCUAGGAAAGAAAAGAGUGACAUCUUGCUGCCAGUCUAAUCUGUGACUUUAACAUGCUCUUUUACAGAGAUCUGCCCAAACUAGUGUUCUUUGACUUGACAGAGUGCAUUGCUUCAGUAACAGAAGUUUCAACAAAAUUAUUUGGGGCAUCCUGCCCAACAAAACAGGUUAGAUUUUAAAAUCUCUGAUACAUACUGUUCUGGUUAGAGAUGUGUUUUCAACAUUUGCUUUCCAUGAGGUCAGUGUGGGCUAGGGUAAGUUUUGGGACUAAAUUUGGGUUGCUCCAGGGAAAAAAAGAUCAGCUGUAACACAAUAAAAUAAUGCUGUAUUUUUGUAUAAGCUAUGAUUUGUCAAAUAAAGUAUGUUGUGGCUCAAAUUUUUACUAUUUUUACCUUUUGUUUCAAGGACACCUGCAUGUUAAGAAAAUAUAUUGUUCAACUUUUGAUUAGCUUUUUGAGAAAAGGCCGGUGUAGAUAUUCUUCCUGCAAAUAACUCGAGUUAGCUUAUAAACCUGUGCAAAUAUCUUUAAAGUGCUCAGUUUGAAUAUGUUUGUUUGUUUCCAACUUUUUUUUACUAACUGAAAUGGUUUUAUUAUUUUAGCGCUGUGCAAAGCAAUGUCCAGACCAGAAUGCAUUAGGAUAUAACGUGAAUGUAUCAGAUCUUGUCUGUGAUUAUGAUCUCAACUUUGCUGGUCGUACCCCAACCACACUGGUAAUUAUGUCAUUUACGUUUUGUUUAUUUACAACAGUGCAUGGUCAGAUUCUGUAUCACAGGGUUUUUGCAGUUCAUGGAAAAUCUUGAAAGUCAUGAAAUUUGAGAAUUUCAUUUUCCAGGCCUGGAAAGUCAUGGAAUUUAUUGUUGGUUCUGAAAAGUCAUGGAAAAUUUAAGUUAUGUUUCGUACAGCUGUAGGCUAGUUACCAGUUGCAGAUGUCAAAGCAAGGACAAUGUAGGAUAGAGGUGAAAAAUUUAACAGCGUGAAUGGCACACAUAUUGUUGGACACCAGAAUUUGUGUCUCUUGAACUGAGUUAGGUCAAAAAAUACCCUAAAACAAGGAAGGUUUUGAAAAUUUUCGAAAUUUAACAGCUAAACAUAAGGCCAUGGAAAACGUGGAAACGUUGUGGAAAAAUUCAUGGAAUUAAGUCAUAAAAUUUGAAGAGCUUAAUUAAAGAGUAUGAACCCUCUAUAAUCGUCUGGUUAAUCUAAUGGUUGAUGGGAUAUUUAUGGACAAAAGUGGCGUUACAUGUAUUUAGCCAGCAUUCAUUUGGACUUCCACUGAGAAUGAACGAAAUGCCUAGAACACAAUUUGAUCACGCGUGUUUGGACCUUCUCUCACUCGUAAUCUGAUCAUGCGUGUUUUGACCAUCUGUCGCGUGAAACUUACACAAAGCACAUUGUUGGAGCAAAAAUGUUUUGACCUUCAAUCGUUGUUGCCUGCACUCUGUAACCUUUGGUUAUUACUAGUUACAUUUUGUUGAUAUUCUAAUUAUUUAUAUGAGGCUGCUAUUUGGAUAUACUUAUCUUCUUCUUGUGGCGUUAACAGGAAUUAAUUGAUUUGAUCAGAAACAAGAGAUGUGCCCCUUACUACCUCAAGAGCUCUGAUGGUAUGUCCUUUCUUACUUCAAGAUAUAUGAGGAUAAAAAUCUGCAUUUGUGUGCACCCUAACUCAAGAGCUGUCAAAUUUGACAUCAGGAACAAAAUUAGCAAACAAUUUGGGCAGUUUUGGUCCUUUUUGACUAGACAGUCAGACUAGAAAAGGGCUUGACUAGCUUCAAAUGGCAUUUUUGGCAAAAUUUCCAGUGACAAAUCAAUAAUGUGUGGAAGUUUUACAUUAGUGUAAGUUGCAUUGGUAGUUAUUAUAUUACGUGUAUCUCUAGAAAAAGCUCUUUUGCUCCCGAUUUCUCAAACCUUCGGUUUUUCUGAAAUUCCUGAUAAUUCAAACCAAACCUGAUUUCUCUUCACCAGUCAAACACUGUAAUUUUACCUCCCCCCCCUCAGUUUUCAAACCUGAUAAUUCAAACCAAUUUCCUUUUCUGAAGGUGAUUCAAAAAUCUGGAUUCUACUGUAUAAAUAUUAUGUUACAAAUAAAAACAAGUGACAUGGAGCUACAAUUAGUGAGAAAAAAAAUCAAUCUGCACAUUUUGCUUUGAAUAAAACCACACUGAUUUCUCUUCUCUUUUGUCAGUUCUCAAUCGCUGUAUACCAACAGUUGUUGGAGAUGCGAUAACUUCAAGCCUUCAAACUGCAUCUGGGCAAAAUGUAUCUACUGCUGAUGUUGAGGAAGGGUCACUGUAAGUUGUAACAGUCUGUCAGAGCAGUAAAACAUAAAUUUAUUGUUUAUUUUUCUUAAAAUAUUUUAUGGCGCUGUACAAAACAAGUACAGUAAUUAUUAGGAUUCGUAUCAGGCAACAGGGGUGACUGAAACAGAUUGCAAAUUGGAGUUUUUAAAAUUGCUCAGCCUAACCACUCUUUAAACCUUGUCCCUGUUGUUUAGUGCUAGAGUUGAUAAAAUGCCUAGGAGGCAUUUCCAAUGAUGCAGUGAUUCUGUCAUUUAGAAGAAACUUCUUCACUUAAUGACAAUGUUAAGUUUUAAAUGAAGGAUGAUCAUCGCAGUUACAUAGUAUUACACAACUUUUGCAGUUUUGAAAAGAAAGCCUAAACAAAAUUCAGGCUUGUACGGAUUCAAACCCUUGACCUCUGCGAUACUGGUGCAGCGCUCUACCAAUUAAGCUAGCAAGCCAACUGGGAGCAACUCGUUGAAUUGGUUCGUUAUAAACCCGUGAAAGGAUGAUGAUGAAGUUUUGAAUAUAUGAAAAUCAUGUCUAAUCAUAUAAUGUUAAGUUUCGUAGCAAGUAAUUCACAAUGCUCAAUGAUGGACUAAAUUCCCAAUUUAGCCCUACAUUUCUUUUCUUAAUAUUUCCCAACUAGAGCUGUGCAAGCAUUACUCAACCUGCAGAAUGUUGGCCAAAAGGUUAGUCGUUAAAAAAUGCUUUAGCCCUACCACACAAUUCUUGUGAUCGAGAGCCAAUUGGAAUUCACUGCUGUCAAACAACAUGCAACUUGUUCUUUGCUUGUUUUUGCUAGGUAAUAGCAGAUGUGCAGGAAUCAUGGUACUGGAUUCUAGCGUAAGUAACAAUCAUACUAAAAGGAUUAUUUUAAAAUGUACUUGAAAGUAGUUUUCUUAAAAGCGUUUGGCUUGCAGGGGUUGUUGAUGGUCAGCGCAUAUUUUAUUUACUAGUGAAAGGGCUAAAUACCAAAAAAAUGCUGCUUCGUUGUAGUACAAAAUCGGCAUCAAAAUGUGAACUUUGUUCCAAAUCCAAACAAACUUAGCACUAUUUGGUUUUAAGAGGGCAGACCAUAGAUAAUAUAGCACUUUGUUGUAUACAUGUCACUAACAGAGAAUACUCACUUCUGUAAAUUUGUGCUGAAACAGGGCUAUGGGGAUUGCCAUGGUUGCUUCAUUCUUAUACAUUAUUGUCAUGAGGUAUGUACUAGAUGAUAGUCCUCUUAGACUACCAGUAGUAAUCUUCCACCUAGUCUCACCUACAGUAAAUUGAUUGUCAUUCCUCACCUAAAUAAUCACGGUUCAUUUUUUUGUCAUCAAGCAGUUUGCGACUUUCAUGUUCCUCAUUAUGCAAAUUGUUAUCCCCACAAAUGUUGGAUAAGUACACUGUUUUUUAUUUCCCUUGGGACUGACAAUUGCCCUUUGAGAAAUUGAGUGUUCACAAAAUUUAUGCAAAACUAUGUUUUUUGUUAUUUUUAUUUUCAAUAAUUUCCAUCAUUUGUUUUCUCAUUUGUUUCAGGUGGAUUGCUGGACUUCUUGUUUGGGUAUCAAUAUAUGCCAUUCUGACAGCACUUGGAUUCUGUAAGUUGUUUUCAACUUUCUUUAAACAUGAAGUACUAGUACAGUUCAUACCAUAAUGUAUGGCAUUAUUCUGCAGGGCUGCAUGCAUUUUCAUCAUCAGGGGAAAGUCAGUGGAAAAAACUUGGUGAUUCACUGGUUGCCAACCCUGAAGGAACAGCUGACAUUUUGGGAUGCCAUCAGUGGUUCCAUACUGAUGACAUGAUGACUACUCAGAUCUCACUUACUAGUGCUUCUUAUUGGUUGAAGCAAAUUUUCAACCAGUCUAAGGCACCACUCAGAUUUGGGUAGUGGCACAUCAUCACUAUGGCAUUUCUGUGCUUGUUCCGCAGACAUCAUUUUGCAGGGAAACCACCGGGGGUGAGGAAGGAGGAGGGGGGGGGGGGUGUUGUUGGACUAACUUUUGCUGGGUAUGUGCUGCUGGUCUCUCAGAGCCCUUGGCCCAUUGUAGUCUAUUCUGUGGCCAAUUAUAGACCCCAUCUUAGUCACUUUUGGGCAAAUAGGUAAUUUUCACGAUCCCAACUUGGUCACUUUCUAUUUAUGUUUUUGUAAGGAAAUAAAAGACUUAGAAUAGUCAAUAAUGUAAAAUUGGAGGCAGUGAGUGCAGGAGGCAGGAGCUGAGUGGUUAGAGCUCUGGACUUGAAAUUCAGAGGCGCUGAGUUCAAGUCUCGCCCUGAUGGAUUUAAGCUGGAUUUGGACACGGUUGUCCCAAGUUCAAAUUCGCGGACAUUCUUGUAAAUAGCCAGCUGGUUUGCCUUUGGCCUGUUGGGAUUCUUAAGUGGAUUGUUGAAUUAAAAUUUACAUUAUUUGUUUCAUGCAUUUGCUCAGCCUCACUAGCAUCAGUGCUUUAAAUACUGUCAAGGGUAAAUAUCAGAAUUAUUAUUAUUAAAUGAGCCUGCAAUCAGGCUCCUUUGUAUCUUGCGAUAGUUAGCCCCUUUUUCCCUGAAUGGAGAGCCUGUUCAAGAAGUUGCAAUUGGUGAAAAGUCAGGAUUGUUUUUUUCUCUGUUCUGUGUGGGAAAGCUGUUCAUUCCUUUAAUCUUAUUGCUCUCAAGUGAUAAUAAACUAAGAUUCUCUUUCUCUGUUUGUAGUAUCUUUGCAUUUUUGUACAAUUUAUUAUCCUUUUUCAGCUAUAUACUACAGUUGGACCAAGUACAAGGAGAUUUCAACCCAAGGGGAAAAUGCUACAAGUAUAUUUUUGACUGUUUCCUUUGGCCUUGACAGUGUUGCCAACAGUGAAAAAACAUGGUUCUGGCUAAGUACGUAUAAUGUAUUUUUUAUAUUGAAGAUCGGAUUAGUUAAAUAAAUAAUGUAGGUAAUAUCAUGUACACGUACUCACCUGGGAAUACUGAAAUAAAGUUGUUGUUGUAGAGUAGUUAUUGUUCUUUGAAGGCCUGAGGAGCAUAACGAAACUUUUCUGGCUGUAGAGGCAACAUCAUUAUUUUUGUGUAUAUCUAUAUCUUGCUUCCGGGAUAGAAUAUUUGCUUCAAAAACUAGUGGUUCCCAGUUUUUUUGCAUUUUAAAAACCAGUGCUUCUUGGGUUUGCUAAAUGCUUAUAUUCAACAGGCUGAUAUAAGUCACGACUUUUCGACCUCUCGAAGGUCAUUUUCAAGUGCGAAUAAAAAUAUGAAAAGUGGCAUAAAUAUAUUACGAAUGGUUAAAAAUGGUUUAAUAGGUAAGAAUACUUUGAACAAAAAAAUGCGAUAAAAUAUGUCAACGAUAAGUGAUGAAAUGUUUAUACAGUUAAAAAAAGAAUAAAAUAAGACAGCAAAGUAAUAAUAAGGCUAGUUAAAACCGAUCUAGACAAAUAAUUUUGAGCGGAUGGAAUCGCACUGUUUGUUUAGUAUGGGUUUCAGUUCUUUGAUAAAAAAAGUAUUUCAAAAAUAAGGCAAUCAAGUUUGCUCUGGCACUUUCUUAAAAUUUUCAAAUUCUGCACAAUGUCAUUUGGGGACACAUUGUGCUGAUCCCUGAGGUUGUUUUUUUAUUCCAGUUCCCUUGUGCUCUUUAAUUCGCUGGGGAAGGUGUCGUUGCGACUUUUUAUCACGAAUAUUAAAGUUUCAUUUUUUUUAUUACAGCUAUCAUCCUUAGCGUAAUUCUGGGAAUUUUGGUUUUAAUCCUUCUUGCCUUGUACAAGAGGAUAUCCAUUGCUAUUCAAAUUAUCAAAGAAGGCAGCAGGUGAGCUUGUAAUAUCUAACCUUUACCAUGAUCUUCAUCUAGAUUUGGCGUCAUCAGGACACCAUUAACAAGUUGAAGCAUCAUCCAAUUUUAGUGUUGUUUUUUACUAUUGUGUACAAGAAAAUCACUGUCCUUUUUUUACUUACCCAGUCAAUGUAUACUUCUUUACAUGGAGGAGACAUUUUUAAUAUUCGAGGCUGUACUCUAAGAAUAUAAAUCGUAAGGGAGCUCAAUGCUCUGAAUCUGUAAAAAUCAGGUUGCCCAGCAUGUGAUUUCUAUGCAAAAACUAAGAUUUCCUAGUUGCCCAAGAACAAAAGUUAGACAUCACGGGCCACUGAGCGCUGCUAGAGUACAGCCCUAAUAUUCUGUUUAUCAUACUAUGUCAUUUAUUAUCAUCUGAUGUCAAGGGAUUUAUAAAACCUACGUGCAAAUGGACGCAACAACUCCCAACUUUGUUGGCAUAGCUAAAAGUUUGACCAGUUUCAAACUUUGCGCAACAAGUCCCAACAACAUGAAACAGGGUGUGCAAACGGAGGCAACAUAUAACAUCCAACAAUGUUGGGUCCGUUUGCAAGAGGCUUAAUACAUGCAUUGAGUUAGACAUACACAUCAGUCCGAUCUAAGUCUUGAAAGUGUCGCUUAAACCUGGAUUUUGUUUUGGUGAAAGCAUUUUAGCCUUUCAUGUCCUACAUUAACAGUGCAGUGCACAUUCAUACGUAGACUUGCACGUGGACUUUUGGCAGCAUACAUGUGUACAUAAUCCCGCUCUUUGUUUGAAUUCAAAAUUGUUAACAGUGUCAUUGUUGUUCGUUUGUUUGUUUUUGUUAGGGCUAUAUCUUCAGUUCCCUUCGCACUGUUCUUCCCUGUUAUUCCGUGGUUGCUUCAGAUCUUACUCUUUGGCUGGUUUGUUGGCGUUUUAGCGUAUCCUUUGUCUCUUGAUGUGAAUUAUUGUAGUUAGUUUUCCCUUCCCCUGUGCUCCCUACGAUAAAAAUGUUAUGUAUGCUGUCAUAAAAGAGGCCUCUGUGGAGAAGCCAGAGUGUUUAUUUGUUACAACUCUUUAAGUAAAUAAUGAAAUGAGGUGCGUGUAAUCACAACAAAUUGCUGCUCGUUGAUUAUGUAGCUGUUAAUCAAAUGUCGUAUUGAGCAAAAUUUGACCUUUUGUUACCCUCUACGUUUCCUUUUACUCCCCCCCCCCCCCCCCCCCGCUACGUUUUCGUUGGACUUUUGCAGGACAUCAUUCCUGUAGAAACCUGACGUAAUACAACUAACUUUGACUCUGAAGAUGACUACCGCACAGGUUGUCGAAACGCCAUUCAAUGCCAGCAACAGGCCUGUUAAGGAGAACACUCACGCGGAUAAUCAUACUCCACCUACUUAAUAUGAAAGGACUUCUGGACCCAGUUGUUCGAAGGUCGAUUAGUGCUAACCUGUGAUUAAAUUUUAAUCCAGGUUUCCUUUUCUUUCGUACACGAGCAUUUUCUCGCAAAAUUUUCUUUUUUGAGCUUCCAAUCAUCAAAUUGUAAACAAAAAGAAAUCAACUGAAUUUGCCUUUUAAUCUUUCAAAUUUGAAUUUAUAUUUCGCACUAAUCCAGGGUUAUCUCAACCCAGCUUUGAACAACCCGGCCUUAGGUUCAAACCUUUCAUUCCAAGAAUUUUCUUAACACCACAUAAGCUUCCUUGUCACCGCGGGAGAACCUCAGUUUCAAGUGGUCUCCAAUGAUACACAGAAUGGACAAGUUUGUGAUGAUGUAAGUACGCGCGUUCUGAUUGGUUAAAAACCUAUGGUUUAUUGUGUCGGUAAUCUUGUAGAAAACUGAGAUAUACUUUAAAGUUAUUUUAUAAAAGCAUUAGACCACACUUUCUAUGGGUUUACCGGCGUGAUAACCCCCCGGGAUAACCCACUUGGGGUGUUGGGAGAACACGAGAAAAGCCCACAUUCCUUUCCCGGUCUUUGUCUUUGUGGUCGAACGUUAGUGGGGAGGAGCGUUGCGUGACGACACUAAAAACCGCUGUGUAGCAAACUAUCCUCUGUAGCACUUUCAUUCUUGCUGUUAAGCAGCCAUCGUCUCAGUUUUUGGCGGCCGGUUACCAAAGUCCCAGCUGACGGAGCUGUUAGUAAUUCACUUUAAACUGAACCUCUAUCACGUGAACCUGCACUUGCCCCUUCUCCAAGGGUGGCCCUAUUACUAGAGGUCGACAGACUGUACUGAUGACUCUGGAGAUCAUGACUUUGAUACAGACUGUUGUAACGUCAGUCGUUGUCGCCUACAUUCCUAGAUUAAGGGCUAAAUGUCAGGGGCACCCAAUGACUGUUUUCUGUAAAAUAUCUGUUCAGAGAAGCAAGUAUGGCCUAGAAUUUUUUAUUACUUGAGGAAGGCUGACAAUUUCUAGAUGACCGUUCCAUUCACGUACAAAUUUCGAAGCUAAUUUAUUAAAUUCUCUACGAUUUUCUGAAGUUUGAUUUUCACAUUUCACACCCCAGGUAGGCUAUUUGUCGUAUCAAAAAGGAAAGCUUAGAUUUUCGGAUUCAAAAAUGUGAUGGAGAGAGGAAUAAAAAAAAAUUUCUUUUUCGUAAUGCGCUAAAUUGCAUCUAAAAUUUUCGGGAAAAUAAUACUGAAGCCCUUGUAAUUUCGAAAAGACUCAGGUUGUCCUAGGAUGACCGAACAGAUACAAAUUUUAUAGCGCCGCUUAGAAUGCAUUUCUAGAGGUCUAAAAACACUCUGGAUAGCCUAAAAAGUAUUUUAAAUGAAUUUGGGUGGAAACCAUCGUUGAGUGCCCCUGAAACGUACUCGGACAAUCAUAUUGAACCCACGUUAAUGUAUAGUUUAUUACACAAAAUUAAAGCUACGUUGUGUUGUUAGUAAAAACUAUAUCGGGACUGUUUUCUUUGUUUGAUUAUAGGAACUAAGGUCUCAACUUGACAGCGUCAGUUCUGGCUUAAGCAACAAAACGUGUAAUUUUGUGGAUUUUACCAGCGAUGAGUGAGUAUCAACUUUUGAAAUACAUCAGGAUUUAUUAGCUCAGUUCAGUUCAGUCCAAUUUUAUUUAGCCAAAAUAUAAUACAAUACAGGAAGACAUGUAGGAAUUGUCCCAAGCCAAGCAAGAUUUUCUUACUUUCUUGUAGCGGUUCAAUUCCCCUACAAAACAUUCCACCCUUAUGCUAUACGAUGACAGAGUUCACUAAAAUAAUGACGAGGACACCCUUUCUUUAGAUUACUCGAUAGAUUAAUUUAUUACUGUCAUCCCGACCCCCCGGAGGCGGUGUGGUGGGGGGGUUGGAGGUAGGGUACUUGACAAACUUUUUUCCGGGGAGGCUCCGCCCCGAGGUCCAACCCUUAAGGUUUUAUAUGCCAUUUUUGACCGAAAAAGUUUCCCCUUUCGUAUACUUUGUAUAGAUCCUUUGCAUCCCUGUUAACUGCUGUAAAUUCCCUGUCUUUUAAAUUUGAAUAAAUCAGGAAACUGGAACGUUUUCUUUACUUUUUCACAGCCAUAAAAUUCAUUUGUUAAUCGUUUUAGGCUUUUUUCAGACCGAAAUGACAGAUUUCCCAGCAAGUCGCGAAAGAUUUGGUUCGCCAGUUUCGCGGCUUGCGCCUCGUGCGAUCCUGAACGUCAGGAGUCCUCAUAACUUUUGCGUGGGAUUCUGCGUGUUCCGUUCGUAACGACUAUCCCGAAUUCCGCCUCCCUAGCUUUCUCCUCAGAAUCCCUAAUGCCCACCUUUAACGAGGUGAUCUCGGAUAUCCAAAAACCCUUUCAGUUUGAAACUCCUUCUAUGUCAGGUCAUCAUGGCUGAUGCCCGUUUUGUUUUUAAUUCCCUGUUUGUGAACAGACAUUUGUUCCGCAUGCAAGUUUACCAUUUGUUUGGCUGGUUCUGGGUCAUGAAUUUCAUCAUAGCUCUUGGCCAGUGUGUGCUUGCCGGUGCAUUUGCCUCCUACUACUGGGCCUGGGACAAGAAAACUGUAAGUGCUGGAUUAGGGUGCGUUCCCAAAGACUUCAGUGACUUCAAUGAAGUUCUGUAAUAAACUAGUUAAGACGAAAAAAGAAAAUAAAGUUGCCAUUUUGUAGGGUCUGUGGACGAAAUCCUUUUUAAGUGGUACUUUUGUGUGGUACCAUUUGUUAGCAUUUUCAGAGUUAUGUUUCAAGUUAUGUUUUGGUUAUUUAUGGUAGUGAAGGGGGGUAAUUUAAGUUAUUAUAUAGCUGCGACUAAUUUAGUUUUAUUAUUAAGAUGCUAAAUGGUGUUUACUCCCAACGCCUCUUUUCUGCUCUUCUUUUUUUUUUUGAGCUCGUGUACCUGACCAAUUCUAGCGAGUGAUAAUUUAAGGCAAUCUCUGGCAGUCAUUUGCUUCAUAACUAAUUGCAAUUAUUGUUGUUCUUUUAUUAGGACAUUCCGAAAUUUGCGGUGACAGCAUCAUUUUUCCGCACGUUAAGGUACUGCUGUUUGUUGUUCCACUUCAUCCAUUCAUCCAUCCACUCUUCCUUUACUGUGUUAUUUUCUGCUACUCACCCACCUAGCCUGAGUAUCAGGCGUUUCUUGGGGGAGGGUGAGGAAGGAAAAGUCCAAGCGAAAAGGGUUGGCAGCCUCUCCCCCAUUUAAAAUCGUCUCUCCUCUAACCCAUAAGAAAGGCCUUAUACUCAGGCUACACCCACUUGACUAUACGUACCUGCUUUCUUACCUACCUACCCCUCUUUUCGCCAGUAAUUGAAUUCAACUUUUUGUUUUCUUUUAACCUAUUUUUAUGUUCUAGGUACCAUACUGGCUCACUUGCUUUUGGAUCACUCAUCAUUGCCAUUGUGCAGCUGAUCAGAGCUGGUCUAGAAUACCUGGAUCAUAAGCUUAAUGGAGGUAACAUCACUCUAAGACUGCGGAAAGCCUCUUAUUUUUCUUUUGAGUCUCAAUUUUACUUGGCGAGCGUAGCUCUGAGGGAAGAAGGACGACUUUUUGCGGUCUAUAUCACCCUGUUUUCUCUUGUUUCUUACUGAUUAGCAGGCGUUACUGUAACCUACCGAGCGCAAGGCUUCAGACAGUGUUCAUUCCAAAGGGGGAGGGUGCUCGGGGGGACCAGGCGGCGGAUGAGAGGACGAGAAGUGGGGCAUAGGAAAGUAGUUAUUGUCCCUCUCUCCUCGCGUUUCUGCGGUCUCGAUCUACUGUUUGGUUGGCUUUGCGCUCAGCUAAAUUGCUUUGGUAUUGCAGGGUAUUGACCUACACGUUUGGUUACUUUCAACAGGUCCACCCGGACAGCAAAGCCAGAUCGCUAAAUACCUUGUCAAGUAAGCAGAAGCAGCAUUCAUGUUUUUAUUAGCUGUGAUUCCACUAAAUCCUUAUCAUCUAGGGGUAACGGGCGGCUUCCACCUUUCUUUAUGCUAAACGUCUCCUUACUUAAGUGAAACUAGUAAGCACCACAAGUACCACAGCUAGAGUAAAGCGAGGCUUUUUGUUUCAAGCGCAAGGUUGCUUUGUGAUUAAGUAAUCCCUUGUUAUUUUGCAGAUGCCUUAAAUGCUGCUUCUGGUGCUUGGAGAAGUUUCUGAAAUUUCUCAACAAGAAUGCUUACAUUAUGGUCAGUACCUUUUUUGUUACCUCUUCAGCUCAUAAGAUCCACAGUAUUGGUGAAUAAUCCCAAAAUCAGGAUUCGCACCAUGAGGAUUUUUUUUAAAGACUCCAGAGUUAAUCAUACAUUACUAGACCUCGAUUGACACCCGGCGUAAAGGGAUGAAAUUUGCUGGUUGUAGUACCACUCCCUGGCAGACCCAACUGGAAACCUGAUAUAACAGGGAAAUGGCUAAAUGCAUUUGGUACAACGGGGAUAUGUUAUAUCAGGAUCGAAGGAAGGAUCUUAUCCGCUACAUUGGCUUUGUCUUGUUUUCCUUAGGAUGCGUGACAGGCGAAUAAGAAAUACGGGACGCGAGAUAAACGAUGUGCGCCCCAAGUUUCUCAUUCGCUGGCUACGCAGGCUGUUUUUUCUUGCUGGAAUCAUCCACCAACGUCGAUCAUGGGGUAGUACUUCAGUGCAUAAGAAGUGAUAUUCUUCGCCCUAGUUACAGUCGAAUGUAGAGGAUAACACCUCGAUAACAGUUAUGUAUUCGUGUUAUAAGGAAUGCAUUUUACCCUUUCCCUGUUAAAUCGGGGUUCCAACCGAGUUCGAAAAGUAGAUAAGGAAUGAUAUUCUUCGCCGGAGCUGCAGUAAAAUUAAUGGGACAACAUCCCAAUACUAUUAUUUACCCCUGUUAUAACGACCCCAUUUUUUCAUUUUCCUACCAUUUCGGGGGGAUGGGGGUCCACCUUGUGUCUGCUAGAGGGUGGUAGUACUGUAUUCUUCGUCCCAGUAGCAGUAAUAUGUAUGGGAUAAGACCCCAAAGGAACGCAUUUUCCUAAUCCGCUGUUGCUACGGGGCUCCCCAGUAUGUGUCACCGACUGCCAACCGUAAGCUGAGUUGGAAUGCUUAUUGUUACGCCUUUAAUAGAUUGCCAUUCACGGGAAGAACUUCUGUGUCUCUGCCAAGGAUGCUUUUUUCCUUCUCAUGAGGAACAUCGUCAGGUAAGCUUGACGUCCUUAUCGAUAUGAGUUAAAAUUUUUUGAUUAUUUAAGUUUUAAUUUAUUUGUCAAUGCUUUUGUCAAACUGUUGGUGUUGGUGUUGUUUAAAUUUUGAAAUUCCCUCCAGUUCCAAUCGACCGUUGUUAUCGAACUUAGAACAGUUAACAUUGUAAUCUUCGACUUGUUUCCCUAUAGAGCGUACCUCAAAUAUUAAUUAGAUUUGGGCGUACUCAAUGAUAAAGACAAAACAUUCCCAAGGACGAACGAAAAGGGAAUUCCAAAUAGUAAUUCACUCCUGCCCGAGAGAAGUCAAAUUUCAAGAAAUUUCCCGGAUUGUCUGUUGAUCGAUUUUCGUAGCCUACGUGUAGCGACAGCAAAGGAAACAGGAGACGUCUGCACCUAGGCUAGACUUCGGCUGUUCUCCUGAAUCCGUACUUUGUUACCCCUCACUGGCUCAAAGACGGGGAUGAGUACAGGGAGGGUCCCCAAUAGGGUCGUUCAAUCCUUCAAUCCCGACCCAAAAUUUCGUGCAAUCCCGUAAUCCGAUGGUUAUUUUUGGUAUCGUACCUCGCCCGCAUACUUUCAUUCCCUAAUCUCCCCCCCAUUUUGCAUCAAAAUCCCGAAUCCCGAGCUUCAAUUGAGGGAAAUCCCGGAUCCCAAAAAACCUAUUGGGGACCCUCUACAGGCUCAUGUUCCCGGACAGCGGCUGGUAAUCUAGCCUAUUUUUCUUAUCCCCAAAGCGCUUGAUCAUGAAACGGAUAUUGGUUUCCGUACAGUUCCAAAGAAUACUGAAUCCCCCCCAAAAUAGGGAUGGUAAAGAUAUACCCGACAGUAAUGAAGGACAAUAACUGGUCGUUAUCCUCAUCUCCGUCUAUCUUUUAAAGUUUUAAAUUCCUUCAUUGCUUUCCCGGCUCUUCAUUUGCUUAUUAUGAAUAUAGGGCGGGAUAAGGAGGAACAUAUGCAAAUUGUUUUCGCAUGAUGUUUGUUCUUUCUCAGGGUUGUUGUACUGGAUAAAGUGACGGAUUUCAUUCUCUUCCUCGGACAGCUGACCAUCACGGCUGGUUUGGGUAAGUCGCAUGUUUACCUUUUAAAUAGUUUUGCCAUCAUUUAUGUUGUUUUACCCGGCUGUGUUUAUUGAUGUGCGAUGAUCUAGCAACAAGCGCUUUCAAGUAAUCGCGUAAUUUCGCUAGACUAGAUACUGCGUUCCAGAUUGACUCUUUCCACUUCAGUUCAGAUAUGUAUAAAUAGGUACCAGUGAUUUAUCGGUAUGAAUGUCAACCCUUCGAUGGACCAACAUCCUAACGUUUUGGCGGUAGGGAGAGUAGAAGCAGAGUACUCUCAGGCACUUCUUGAAGCCUGCGUGGCGGAUGCUAGAUAAGGGAGGGGAAGGUAGGAUAUUAGGGAGUUUAAGCAUCGACGACGGCGACGGGAACGAGAACCGCAAAAAAGCAAUAGGUUUAGGGAGCUUUCCAUUUGUCAGAAUUGACCGGCCACAGCCCAUUCCCAUCGUAAUGAGAAUUUCAUUUUUAAUUAAAACUAACUAUCCAUAUAUGUCAAAUCCUAAAUAUUAUGCACAGAGGGGAUGGUUUUUCAGCAAAACGUCUUGGAAAAAGCCGAUUUCAUUGCCAAAAUGUCUGGUCUGACCAUGAUCCGGCGAACGAGUUCUGACUUUUGGAAAGCGCCCUUAGAUUAGCAAAACAACAACUUUGCACGUGCAUCACGCGUUUUUGUACACUUCUUUGCGGUCGUUGCACGAUUACGACCUGAAAGGUCCUAAUUUCACGUUUUGUGGAGGACGUGACCACGACACAGCAAUUUUCUUUUUCUUGUCCUGGCCCCGGUUGUUCAAACGUUGGAUAGCGCUAUCCACCGGAGAAAUCACCAUCCAGCGGAUAAGUAUUACGGAAAUCAAUUACGCUAUCCACUGGAUAGUGAUUUAUCCGGUGGAUAGCGCUAUCCGACGUUUGAACAACCGGGGCCUGAACUUCAAUACAGUCCUUUAGAAUUCAACUCCAGAAAAAUUUGCCAUUAUUUGCCGAAUUGAACGAGAUGGAAUAAGCGCGGUAAAGUUUGACGCAGCGCGAAUUCACUUUUUAAGUGACGUUUUUAUAGCCGUCGCCGUCGUUGUUGCUUAAGCUCCCUAUGAAUUUGUGAGAACGCCAGCUGCCUCUCUGCAUUGCGCUCUCGCCUCACUUCUCGCGCUUCACCUCUCCUAUCUCCCUUUUAGUAAAAUCCAACUAGUGGUCUAUUAUCAAUGCUGCGUUCUGAUUGGUUGAGCUACUACUAGGCUAUACGUUACAGCCCCCUAGUAGCGAAAAGCGCGCGCUUUUUGGCGGGAAAAAAGGAUUAAAGUCUAGCUUUAACUAGCUAAAAUUUUUUCAUUCGCGAUAUUUUUGACCAACUAGUUGGAGUUUACUAAAACAAUUAUUUCUCUCGCCCUCAUGGCCUCUCAGUCAACAGCCCAAGUUUCGGCCUCAUGGGCUAUUGACUCAGAGCCCAUUCGUGCUCGAGGAAUAAUUGUUAAAUAGUUCCCGCGGCGCAGGGUAAAGUGAACGGCGCUGGGAAUGUGGACUCUCCCUCAGCUGCAUCGCCUGGUUGUUUUGUAAUGUAUUGACCGUUGUUUUUUUUGGCGCCAUUUUUUUUCAGCCGUUGGAAGCUUUUAUUGGUUUGAACGACAAGACAAUCUUAACUACUAUCUGGCUCCAGUCAUUGUAAGUUUGUUUGACUUGGUUUAGUUUUGCUAUGAUAAGUAUAACCUAUCGCAGACCCAGUGCUAAUGGUAUCUUUAUUUUUCGUGACAGAUCAUCACUGUUGGUGCUUACGUUAUCGCCAGCGCAUUUUUCAGCGUGUACAGUAUGGCCAUCGACACCAUCUUCCUAUCAUUCUGUAAGUUCUGUUGUUAAUUGUUUUGCUUUAGCCUCCUGUUCAAAUACAGUCGCCUCUCAUAAUCGCUCCACGCCGCUCAGACUUUUCGCGGAACGUCCUAACGCCGGAGAGAGAGAUGAGAGGCGACUGUAUUCGCAGGCUAAUUUUGCGCCAGCUGGAAUAAGCUCUGUACAAUUCCAGUGAAGAGGAUCCCACAUACGAAUACCGGGUUGAAUUGAUCCCCGACGAUCUGGCUUGAGAAGGUGGCAUGAGUAUUCAUAUGUAGCCAUAACCUGUUCCAGGUUCCGAGAUAAUCGGGUGCGCGAAAUUGAGAACUUGAAAGCGCAAACUCGAAAAUGAAACGGGAGGAAACUGGGGAGAGGAAGGGCACGCGCUCAUAUUUUCGCGUGCCUUUCACUUACGCGUCAUCCCUGCCACUGUAUCUGAUAGCCUGGAACAGGCUCAUGUAGCCACUAUAAAAAAGGGGAGUCUCGCAAAACCAACCAAAUUGAGGAAGUGAGGUUUCUAAGUGCUGCUCACUGACCAUAAGUCGCUCAGUUGCGUCAUAGCUUUGUUGUUUUGUUUGCAGUGGAGGAUUCUGAGCGAAAUGACGGGUCACAGGAGAAGCCUUAUUACAUGUCUAAGUCACUGAGAAAGAUCCUUGGCAAGAAAAACAAGAAGGAGUCGGACGAAGAUUAAAUCCUCCAUACUUUUUAAAACAGAGCUCAGAGAUAAUUUCAAACUGGGAAAGACUUCUGGGAUGUUUAUUGUGUUGUGACGUUCGUAUACCAAGAGUUUAGUUUCAACAAAAAUAAAAAACUAACAAGAGCCGUUCAAGGAGGUCGAAUGAAUUGGCUUCUCCAUUCACGUCUUACUAAUCGUGAUGCAUAUUAAUCAUCCCAGGAAUUUUUCUUUCGAUUUUGUAGUAUUUAGAAAGUCUCUAACCGUACUGUUUAUUUGUGUAGAUUUAUAUUUUCGCUGGUCGAAAUAACUGUACAUACAAUUUUCAUCGUUAUUUUAUUGAAUUUUGCGCUACUUUCCUCUGUUUGUAUUCUAUCGGAGGAGUCGACAAAAAUGAUUCUUAGCACUUUUAUAGAGAAAAUGGUUUACUAACAAGUGCGCGUUCGAUUAGCCGAAUUGCAGAAUGAGAAUACAGUGAAAACUGUUGUAAUGUGGACAUGAGCGUCAGUGAGUCAAACCUUUACUUCCCAUAUUUUCUGUAAAAUGGUGGAAGCUGUACUUAUCAGACAGCUAUACUAUGUGGACUCAUGCAAGGCACCCAGUUUCUCUGUAAUCAGGCUGAUUAAUUCCAGAAUCGCUGUAGUUAUUCAAACAACGCUAACCAUUGUAACAUCUCUUGUGUUUGAUACACAAUAUUCAGAUGUACAGCGAUCUAUGAAGCAUUUACGUAAAGCCAAAAUUAUAGGACUUAUCUGAAAAAAAAAAAACUUAUAAUAUACAUAACAUGUUCACUCUUUUGCCUGGAUACGGCCAGUGGAACGCGCACGAGCCAACAAAGGCCGAUAUUGUGAUGUUUUUCAGUUUUCUACGAGGGAUGGUUUUUUUAAGCGAAGUUUAAAUUGGGAUAAAAGGAAAGCUUUUAAAUUUCUUGCCAUUUGGAGAGAAUUCACCGGGCUUAUCAAAACCCUUCACAUUUUAAUGAAUGUGAGUGAUCUUAGUGUUCGAAAGGACGUUUUAAUGUAUAUUUCAUGGUAUUUGAAGUUGAAGUUUAUGGAUGUGCAAAGCAUAUUCCAUUUCAUUGAAACUAUUUUUAAUUAAGCUAUGUAACUUUCUUCUUUGUUUAUUGUAGCUUUGAAACUGUACUUUCUAACAGGUAAACUUUUAGGAAUCAAAAUCAGAAAAAGCUUUUUAACAUAGUAAGAGGUAGUGUUUUAUACCUUAUGUAAGGUAUUUCAAGUUGUACUGAUAUGCACUAUAAAAUGAGUGUUUUUUAAAAAGGGUGAGUUAGUUCACCUGUAUUUAGUAUCGCGUGAAAAGUCAAGAGGCAAUCGUACAAUAACUUGUCUAAUAGAAUUGUCUUGCUAGUAGUAAGUGCGCUAUUGCACUUAAAACUGUUGAUGUGUGUUUGUGGAAGGGGGUGACCUGGAUUGAAAUGGCUUGAAGCAAACAUUAAUUGCUCCAAUCCUUACUUCGCGUCUUUUAGUGGCCAUGGUAACCUGAGAUCAGUCCUCAUUUUCGUUUCACUUGGCAAAUGCAAUUCCGGCGGGCAAUGAGGCGAUUUUAACGCGACCACGUAAGACAGCCUCAUGUAGGAGAGUUGAUAAAGUUGGGCCUGGUCUCAGGUUAAUGAUAUGGCUAUGUUUCUUUUCCCUUCAGAACGAAUGAUGUUUUAUUCUCCCGUCAGGUUGAAACUAAAUGUUUUCAACAUUAAAGUUCCUUUUGAGUCAUUUUAGUUAGGCUGUUGACCCAACUUUUGCAAAAGUUCGAGAUUGCGUAAGUUAUUUUAAUGUAAAGUGUGUAUCAUAUCACACCGUUUUCACACUGUGUAGGCUAAGUUAUAUUUAAUAAUGUUUAAAUAAAAGUUGGAAUUGUGCC